AUGAAGAUCAACGCUCAGGAGAAGCGCUCGUACCGCGUGCACGAGCAGCACCAAACGCUCGGCGACGUCCUACGCGUCGGACCCAACACGGUGUAUUUCAACGACCCGCGCGCCGUCUCGGACAUUUACGGCCACAAGGCCAUCUCCAAGAUUGGCAAGGACACCUUUUACGACCGUCUCGCCGGAGACUUCCACGACAUUGUGCAGGAGCGCGACCGCAGCGAGCACAGCCGCAAGCGCAAAUACCUGUCCAACGCCUUUGCUCUCGCCACCGUCGUCGAUAUGGAGCCCGUCAUCCGCGCCAACUUCCAAAACAUGCUGGACCGCCUCGAGAGCUUCAUAGACUCCACGGCCAAGGAAAAGACGGAAGGGGACCGGUUCAACAUCCGGCAGUGGUUCAACUUCUUCACUCUCGACGUCAUUGGCGACAUGGCCUUUGGGCUGCCCAUGGGCUUCACCAAAGCAGGCGUCCGGUACAGCAUCACCGUCGGUCAGAUCACGUCUUUCCGCCUCAACGGCAUUCUAAAGCAGCUAGCCAAGUGCAGUGGUCUCAUCUACUCGUCCACGGGCUCCAAAGAUGCCGAUGACUUUGAGUACAUGUCCCUGCACCAACUCCGAAACCGACUUGACAAGGGCGGCCCGGAGCGCAGCUCGGGCGACUUCAUCGGCAAGAUCUUGUCCGACAAGGACGGCAAGUCGCGCUCUCUACCGCUAGGUGAGAUGCUCGCCGAGUCCGUCGUCAUGAUGAAUGCCGGUAGCGACACCACGGCUGCGGCCCUCACCAACACCACGUACUACCUCUUGUCCAAUCCUCGCUGUCUUGCCAAGCUGCGCAAGGAGCUUCAGGAGGCCAUCCCUGCUGAUCACCAGGGCAUCGUCGAGUACAACUAUGUACGCUCCCUACCGUAUCUUCGCGCCUGUAUCGAUGAGUCUCUGCGCAUGCGACCGCCCAUCACCUACCCUCCCCGUCUAGUGUACGCUCCUGAAGGCGCCACCGUGGCGGGUCACUUUCUGAAGCAGGGCACCGUCGUCGCCGUAUCGCCUUACACCAUCCACCGCAACGAGACCGUCUACAAAGAUCCCGAUACCUAUGAUCCCGACCGGUGGUUCGACCCCGAUCAAGUGGCAGCUCUCAAGGCCUACAAUAUUCCGUUUAGUACCGGUUCCCGCGCUUGCAUCGGUCGUCACAUUGCCAUUGUGGAACUUCAGAUUCUCAUCUCGACCCUUAUGCUCAAGUAUGACUUGGCCCUCGAGCCUGGUCAGGAACUGGACGUGUUUGAGCGCUUCAACGCGAAUCCUGGCCCCCUGCCCAUCACUGCCCAGCGGAGGAGCAGGGAUGUCGAAAGUACUGCGUGA